AUGUCGCGCCUGUCGAUUGCCAACUCCGGGCCUAGUUCUUCCUGGAUUUUCCUGCCUUUAGAUGCAGCGUUGAGGUUUCAGCAUCUGUCGCGUGUUCGCCGUUCUUCUUCGCUUCCUUCCGCCGGUCGACUGGCUUGCUCCAAUCGCCCAUCCGUGAUGGACCCUUGCGGCAUAGACUUUAUCGUACCUCCGCGAGCCAGAGUCACCGAUCUCAUGGAACGACUGUCGCGGAUGAAUCGGGCUAUGAGUGCCAAGACAAAAUUUAUUCGCCUUCUCGAGACGGAACGAGACAGCCUGGCGGCCAAUUUAAAGAGUGCCGAAGAUCGCAACCGGAUGGCCAGAAGGCAGAUACAUCUUUUAAGACAGCGUUUGUCGACUAGAAAGUAG